AUGAAAAAAACAUACUAUUGGUCGACACGAUCCUUUCGUAAGUCAUUGAUCAUUGAAAUUUACUAAUUAAUAGUUAAGUAAUCCUUUUUACUAUUAUUUAAUUUAAAUUUCUACUAAUUCCAGCUUCCAUCAUUUUAUUCAUAACUCAUAUUCUUUUUAGAACUCUUCUGCAAAUAUUAAUCAAAUAUAUUUCAUAAAUAAGAAUAGGAAUUAAAUUAUAAAGAUGUUUAAAAGUAAACUAUAGAUAUAAUAUUGAUCCACUUAUCAUAAAUUGUUACUAUUUCAUUAAUUAUAUUUAGAAAACUUUAGCAUUAAUAAAUAAAUACUGAAACCUCUUAUUUUAAUUUAGAAGAUUAGCCAUUUUCAUGUUUAUUAUUUAGGAUCAUUAAUCAUUCUACUAAUAAAUGGCCUCAUUCUCAAGGAUUUCUAUAAGAUCAUUAGGUGAAUAGAAAAAUGAUUGGUUUAAAAAUGGUACCGUUAUCAUUUUAAAUGUACAUUUGA